UCCAACACAGACUCUGACUGUGAAUUCUCGCCAUUUUGAUGGCUAACCGGCUGCAUUUCUUUACGCCGGUGGUUCAAUACAUCCGUGAAAUCUUUUGUUGUGUUUCAAGCUAAGCUAGCUAGUUAGCCUCCGGUACGUGCUGUUCCUUCGUCUACGGAUGAAACGGGAUGACCUGACGACUGCAACAUUUGACUUCUUUGACCUGUUCCUGCAUCACCCCAGCUCUGUUGGAUAGGACCACUCUCCCACAUCUUGCCAUCUGCUAAGGGCUGUCGUCCCCCCCUCCCCCAUCCACUCACCCACCUGCCACCCUGAGCCUGCCACGUCCUCAUCCUUCACAGACCUCACUCGACCUGUGAAGCGCACCAGCCUUUGCCGACGUCCUCCAACAAAAAAAGAGACGAUGUAUUGCCUACAGUGGCUGCUCCCCGUGCUGCUCAUCCCCAAACCGCUGAACCCGGCGCUGUGGUUCAACCACUCCAUGUUCAUGGGCUUCUACCUGCUCAGCUUCCUGCUGGAGAGGAAGCCCUGCACCAUCUGUGCCUUGGUCUUCCUGGCUGCCCUUUUCCUCAUCUGCUAUAGCUGUUGGGGCAACUGCUUCCUGUACCACUGCCAGGACGCCGCACUGCCGGACGCUGCCCACGACCCAGCGAUUGUUGGGACCUAGGAGGGAAAGAGGGGGAGAGAGAUACCAGGGGGAGAAGGGGAAAAGUGAGGGGUCAUGAGGCUUUGCUGGGGAGUUACUGUAGAAUGAUACUGCCAUGCUGUAUGAGGGGAUGGACUACACUUUGGGGGUGGUGGGAGAGCGGAGAAGAGGUGGUGCUGAAAGACUGCUGGGGGUUUACAGAGGCGGUACUGAGGAGGAGAAGGGUUGGUUCUCCAUGCUGUAAAGAAAAACAGACUUUAAUCUGAGGUGGGAGGAGGAGAGGAGGGGACAGCGCCAUCUGAGGAGACAUUAUGUUUUAUGAAAGAGGCAGCGAAGGAGGCGCAUCGAAACUUGAAAUGCUAGCGGGGAAGGACACGUGUUAACCUGAGGGGAGAAGCAAUUCACUUUCAGCAAAUUUCAUUCCAGCAUUUGAUUGAAAACUAUAUGAUAUACAGUAUGUACCACAGUAUUCUGGUUCUUCUCCAGCUCCAGGCAGAUUCAUGCUGUCAGAAAAAAACAAACAAACAAAAAAAAAACGUGCUGGGUCGUCUUUUUAAAACAAAAACACUCGAUCUCAAACUGCCAAAAUUCGCUGAAAUCAAACGGAGCUCAGAAAUUUUCAAGUUUCUCUGUCCUCUUGUUCUCGCUCCUCAGACCUUUAAAGUGUUCAGGAGCAGCCGCCAUCUUUAUAUGUUUACCCCCUCUUCCUCCCCCCUCCCUCCCCUCGAGGAACCUGACCAAACUCUGUCGCCACUUUGACUCCGCACACGAAACGCUACCCUCCACACGGACAGCACACUAACACUGGACAAUCAAUAACUAUGCUGUGAAUAACCCCUCCCUUUGCCGCAUCGACACACACUCACACACUCACACACACGCACACCUGAGACGGUGUAAUAAUGCUAAGAAACUGUCCCGUUGUUAUUACCCCACCGUGCUCUGCAGCUGCCCCUCUCCUUGUCUUCCUCAUCUCCUCCUCUUCCUCCUCCUCGCCUCGGGAGCGAACGUCCCCUACCGCCAGACUCACAAUUAUUUUGUUAUGUUUUAUUUUUUGCUGUUUUCUUUUUGUUCGUUUUUUUUCUCGUGCAUGGGUUGCCGUUAGUUUUUCUUUUCAUGCAUUAAGUUCACACAUGAAUUUUAAUGAAUUAAAACAAAAUGCUGAAAGUUUCCAAAGGUUAGAAACACCUGGGUGAGUUUGUUUGUUUGUGUGUGUGUGUAGGGUGAAUGUCAGGUUUGUGUUAUGUGCGAUAGGUGUGUAUUUUUUGUGUUCAUGACAUGCUGAUAGGCGUAAAAAGAAAAUCUGGUGAUGCAGGGAAACAAACAGCAGAAGGUCAGUAUUUUCCAGCAACAACACGAAGCAAUACAGAAGUUCUGGUCCAGGAAAAGUUUUCACUGAAGAGAAGUUUACUGGUAAAACAAAAGGGCAAACGAUUCCUCGUGUAUCACUGCUGUUAAGUGUUAUGUUUAGCUGUUAGACACGGGCUAAGGUGUUUAUACUGUGUACCUAUUGGCAUGUUUGUGUGUGUGAGAGUGCGUGUGUGUGUAGCCUCCUGUCGCAGUGCUGAACAUGCGCACUGCUACACGAUUGCUUUGGUUUUAAUUUAAAUAAAGGUUUUCCUCUCAAUGUGUUAAA